UCUGCGUCGGGGUCGGGUUGGCAGCCAGCUAAAGCCGUACACAAGUACGUAUAGCCGUCGUUACAAGUAUACGUAUAGAGCCCACAGGGCGCAGGAUUUUGUCGUGUUGUCGCCCCCGCACGGGCAUAAAAUAUCUCCUCUCCGUACGAGUGGCAUACAGUUAUAAUACUUCAUUGCCUACUAUAUAAAUAUACGUUUCUCGGUUCCAUUGUUUAGUGGGUAGUGCGGGUACACUAGAGUGGCGGUGUUACAAUACGCGCGCGUAGUACUACGUCCGCUGCGUGCGUGGGCGUUUGUUUUUGUUAGCCAGUGCAGUGCAGUGACUGUUGUUACAUAGGGUUCGCGAUACUUAACAAGUGAGCCGUUUUCAACUUUAACACAACUAUACGUCAAUAGUAAGUACUUACCUGUACAGGUAUACAGGAAAGAUUCUCACUGCCGCUUGGCUGGCACGAGAUGCUGCGGGAUAAGGAUCUGCUGUGCCACAAGUUCUCGGCACCGUUGCCGCUGCAUCGUCGACUGAUACUCGGGGCAGCAACGCCGUGCAUUGCCUUGUUAUAAUACAAAGCGAUCAGGGUUUCUGGACGAAAAACAGGGCUACGUUUUACGAAUCACCGCGAGCGCCUUCAUUGGUCAGUGUCGUCGUGGGCUCUAAUGUGGUCCGCUGUUGGAGUGUACCGAUUGUUUUUUGUACGCCCCCAUCAAGAGCAAAGGUCACGAAGGCCGUACCAGUAACUAUUAAAAAAAGGCCAUCGUGACAACAAUAACAACAAUAGUAGCAGAAGGUUGAAUGUAUACCCACACGAGCUCGAGUUUUAUCGAGGCCUUAUUGAGCAACAAGAGCCAUGGCUGCUAUCGUCCGCACCGUUUGCGGGGCCAGUGCCACUAUCUUCUCCGGUUGUGCUUCUGCAGCUGCCGUCUGAGCUCUCGGAUGCGUGGAGGAGGAUGUAUCUGAGCAGUAGUACGUCGUGGGCUUGUCUCCGGCUGAACUCCACGACAAUUCCACCUUCGAUGAUACGCCUGCAGUGAUAGUGGCCAGCAGCGGCAGGUAGUAAAAGGACGUGCAAGGAGGAAAAACGAAUAAAAUAUUUUUUGAAUACAGUGCUUAUAGGAAUAUAAUGGUGUUUGGUGUUUUAUUUUCUUUCUGACGGUGUGUUGUUGCGUGGCCGUAUACAAAAAAAAAAGUGGUUUUUUUUUUUUUUUUUUUUUUUUGCUCUGUUCAAAUAUACAUAUAGUUACCGUACUUAAUUGCAGAUGAUCGAAUGUUGUUGUUCAGUGCAGCGCUGAGUGUGCGUUUCAUUUUGUUUGUGUUUAAUACGCCAAGUAUCAUACUGCGGGCAGUCUAAAAGUGUUUGUAGUAAUACCAAGAGGCUUCUCAGCUUUUCUCAAUCAUCUUCUUCUUGGCCGAUUGUCCGCGACGACGGAGAGGAAUCGAAGACAUGAGACGGAUAAGUGUGGGCGGCAUGAGUCGGCCGUCGAAAGCAGUGACGCAGGUUAAGAAGGUGGCGCCACCGGCGGUGCCGAACGAUUUCCGGCACUCGGGCUCGUCCUUCGGCUCGGCGGGUUACGCCAGCAGCGAGGACGGGUUCCUGCCCCCGGGGAGCAACCCCAACGGUGCUCCGAAUCCAGGUAUGGCCAAUCAGCCGGUGGGCGGUAUGCCGGGUCACGCCGGUGGUACCGGGCCGAACCAAGUCGACGACGCAAACUACGGGAUGCCCGCGGGCAAGAGUCCGGGGCCCAUGUUCACCCAUCCUGGGUUUACAUUCCCCUCGAUGGUCAACAAGUACGCCCACGCUGAGGAUCAAGGAAUCGACAUGACCCAGAGCCCAGGUCGCGACAGCCCAGGUAGCUCGGGUUCGGGCUCGGGGUCGCGGCACUCGACGGCCUCCCUCGACUCGGGCCGAGCCUCGGGCUACCACCUGGGUGGUCCUCGGAGCGCCGGGGCACUGACCUCGUCGCCCCGUUGCUCGAUCAGCUCGCUGGGCAGCCACCCGGACCGGCCGACCGACCUCGACCUCGUCCACGCUUGGCUCACCGAGCUCCAGUUCGAGGAGUACUUUACGCUCUUCGCCUCGGCCGGCUACGAUCUCGCCACCAUCACCCGCAUGACUCCCGAGGACCUCACAGCCAUUGGCAUAAAAAAGCCAAACCACAGGAAACAGCUGAAGGCCGAGAUCGACAACCUGAACGUGGGCGACGGCCUGCCCGAGCACAUACCCGGCUCCCUCGAGGAGUGGCUCAGGCUGCUCAGGCUCGAGGAGUACCUCGGCCCACUGCACCAGCAGGGCAUGCGCUCGGUCGACGACGUCACGACCCUCACCUGGGAGGACCUCGAGGACAUCGGCAUCGUGCGGCUGGGCCACCAGAAGAAGCUCCUCCUCGCCAUCAAGAGGAUCAAGGACAUCAAAGCGGGCAAACGCAUCCAGCCGCUCGACCUGACCAAACUGCCCCCCCACCCUGGACACACGCAGGAGGUGGUGAUUCAGCGCGGAGUGCCGGAUCUCCCGUCACCCGACGAGGACUGCUCGUCGCCGAUUCUGCGAUCGUUCCAGCGUCCCGCGGACUGCGCGGCCCAGCACACGGGCGGCGUCGCGAGCACGGGGUGCGUCAGCAGCAGCAGCGCGAGCAACAGCAGCGCGUGCAACAGCAGCGGCGGCAGCAGCAACACGAGCGUCAACAGCGCGGUCCAGCAGUUCGGGGGGGCAAGCUGGCGCAGCAUGUACGCCGCGUUGCCGGGGGGCCUCGACUACGGCACCGUCGUCGCGCGCUCCGGCUCCUCGGUGGCCGGGCACUCGCGGGGCAAGUCCCUCGAGAGCCUGGAGGACGUGCCCAUGGGUUAUCCGCCCUCGCCGGCGCCCCAGUCCCAGUAUCCCUCGAUCCUCGACUGGAGGCCGCGCAGCUACGACGAUGGCGACCUCACGCCCACGAACGACCACGCCAUCAUCAUCGAGAACAUUGGCGGUGGCACCUUGCCGAGGCCCCGGCACUGCCUCGUCAGACCCAGGCCCGUCACUAAGACCUUCUUCCCGCAGAUUCAGACGGCACCGCAGCCCACCAGCCAGUACAAGUCCCUGCCGCGAGACUUCGACAACAAGUACCAGCUGACGUACGGCCACGACAGCAGCCCCAACCUGAAGCGUCGGCCACCCUCGCCACCGCGACGGCAAAGCUCCCGCGAGCUCGGCUCCGCCUCAUCGGUGAACAGCAUCAACAGCAGCACCGGUGACAUCGUCAUCGACUGCAGCGGGCCCAUGCCCACCGCGAGCUGCGACGACCACCACCUGCACAGUUCGAGGCUCGUGCAGCCGCCCCCACCGCCCCAGCCGUUGCACCACCAGUACCAGCACCACCACCACUUGCAGCAGCAUCACAUGCUCGCCGCGACGCAACAACAGGGCCAAAUGAUCUCCCAAACGCCGCCACCUCCGGCUCAGGUUGGCUGCUCGGCGACUGGCCAGCUGACCCGGCCACCCUCGUCCAUGUCACGCAGCUGGGGCAGCGUCAGCGCCAAUGUGCCGGAUGACCACGAACUCAUUGCCUCCCUCGCUAUGCAGCACCGCAACGGUUCGGACGCCAGCUUCAAGUCGAACUCGAGCACAGAGUCGGACUCACUGCCGUUCGCCAACGAGAACGCGGGUACGAUAAAACAGCGAGCCGCUCGCGCUGUCCAAGAGUACGCCAACAGCCCGAGCCACAUGGCGGCCGCCCAACAACAGCAUCACAAUCACCACAACACGUCCUCGUCUUCGGCGAGCGUAGCCAACAUUUCGUCCAGCGGCGAGCCAACAGACGUGCUGAGCGACAUCGGCAACAUGCUGACGAACCUCACGAAUGAGCUCGACGCCAUGCUCGAGGAGGAAAAGCGCCAAGGUCUCAACACAUAAUAACCCCCGUGGUUAACGAAAAAGACGACCACGUCUAUCGUGGAGACGAUAUACUGUUGCCAUUUGUUGCCGUUGUUGCCAUAUGAAGAAGGGACACAGGACCGAGAUGCCGCCUCAAAUAUCUCCCGUAACUGCUGCGGUGAUGCUGCUGAGAUGCAAGGGUGACCCGGAACACAUUGUCUACGAUGCGUUUUUUUUUUUUUUUUUUUUACCCCAAGUAUAACAAUACGACAGACUGACUGAUUUUAGUGGACCACGGCUUGGAUGUAAAUGA